ACAGUAACUUUUCACUGAUUUUGCAUUUCGCUUUGCAGAUAUGAAGUUUCUGCAGGCACUAAUACAAAUAGUCACUGUUGGACUGGUGUGUUCUCAGAGCACCCUCCUUCGGACGGAAUUCAGUUCGGAUCGAGAUGAAGUUGAGGCGGGCGAGGCGGUCACUUUCAGGGUAACCGCUAAACUUACUGCAGGGCAUCCUAACACACUUGUCGGAGAUGAGCUGGAAUUGAACUUCAUAGGAUUGUCCGGACUAGCCUAUAACAAGGACCAGGCCUCCAGCUAUGUGACGUGCGGAGAUAAUUCCUUGACGGAGACAACUACUGGGUCCUCUAAGCUUAUGCAGGUGGAGAUCACAGGUUUCGGAGUAACGAGCGAGAUGGAUUGUAACAUCACAAUGAGAAUGUCUAGCUCGUUGAGACCCGCGUCUAUUUUUAGACAGAACCUGUUCAUACAGUGGAAGGAGGAUAACGGAAAAGAGAUCAAGUCACAGCAGAUAGAGUGGAAUAACGAACUCUCCAUCCCCCGGCUGUCCAUGAAGAUGGAAUUGAACACCGGUAAAGACGAGUUUUACUCGUGCGGGCCACCUUAUCUCGGAGUGAACAUUAUACUGGACUUCCCUAAAUCUGACCUCACAACAAUGAAGGUGGAACUCAGAUGGCCUCUCGGAGGUAACAACCCGGACGUUGAAAUAAUAAAGAUACCUGAUGACGAUGUCGGAGAAGUGCGGCAAGCAGGCGGAGUAACAGCCGGGCCCCUCACUGCGAGCCAGAACCCCGGGGACCUGACAGCUGGCUUUUUCACGCUUACCAAUGUUCAGGCUACUGGACAAUCUGUCAACUCUUACAAGGACAUCGUCAUCGAGACCAGACUAGAGGUCGUGAACGAGUUCAAACCCCUAAAACAUGGUACUAACAUCACCAUAGAUGCUAUCCUGACCCACCCAGCUGCGGAUGAUGGUACUGAGAUAGAGAUCUCGUAUCCCUCGUCCGUUACCUUUGAGAUAAUAGGACCGGAGAUGGACUACAGAUGGGAGUGUGACCAGCACGCGAACGGAGGGGAGAUUGCGGAGUGUCACAUCUGGGUCGCUAACCGGGGGGACGCGACUAAUGCAGCCCAGAACGUCAAGCUGUAUGUAGAACAGAAGGAUACAGAGAAGGCGAAGGUGGAGCAGAGUUCUAUUGAGUUCACGGACGAGUACUCAGUUGUGGACACCAUGGAUAUCCCCGCUAGCAAGCCGGAGAGUUAUGAAGGGAAUAUCGACACUGGGCUCACUCUCAUCAAGAAGCUGAAUGUGGGCAAACAGAUCCACAUCAUGGUUCCCAUUAUCAUCAGAUCAGCUCUAGUGGGUCCCAUUGAUGACAUCACUGUCAUAAUAAAGUAUGAGAACGAUUAUCCAGACCCCUGCGUAAAAGACUUCGGGAAAACGCAGCUGGAAUUUGUAAUGAUGAUCCCCACGUUUGAGAUGGAACAACCCGGUCUGGCAGCUUACUUCCCCACCAACAUGGUGGUGGGUGAGAACCGCACUAUCGACUUCCCCAUGAAGAUCCCUCAAGGAAUCAUGACGAAUUGA